AGUCGUUUUAUUUUACAUGUACUCUUUUGUAUUUUAAUUCUUUAAAAAGGUAAUAUGCAUGUUAAAAGUGCUGUUAUAUUGUGCGCGUUUUAUUUCUUAACGUCAGCCUGGAGCAUUGGACUGAACAGUUCACAACUAAAACAAAUUAUUAAUCUAUACGAAAGUCACAAAAUGCCUGCUAGCCGAAUUACCAGCCAGAAUAUUACAAAACUUCUGAAAGAAUCUUUUGGAAUUCAAAAGCCUGAGGAACUUUUCGAUUGCGAUUCGAAUUUGAAGGAGUUACUACUGACGUUGGCGUAUGAAGAUAAGAAAAAACACGACAGCUUCGAGACUCAAAUGCUUACGCCUUUCGAAGUGGAAUUUUUCCUCAGCGUGUUUGUUGAACACGUGAACAUUACUGACCAAGAUGGAUGUCUUGGUCCUGAACAGUUACCAGGUGUACUAAAAGAUUUAAAACUAGAAAAUACGGAGAUCGAAAAUAUAGUCGAAAAACUUAAGGAUAAAAAAGAAACCGUCCAAUUUGUUAUCAAUGAAGCGGAUUUCUUGUUGACAAUGUUGAAAAUCAAACCAGUUGGUUAUGGUCUAAACGUACAACAAAUAGAAAAGUUCAUUGAUUUGUUUAAUAAUUGUCCCAAAACUGUUUCCGGCGGUGUUGAUCCUUUGGAAAUUCAAAAAAUCUUCAUAGAGUUUGGUAUGGCUGACCCAAAACAUGAUUCGAAAAUGCUUUUCAAAUCCAACCGAUCCGCUGCGAAAGAGAUAAUGGAAUUGAUGUUGGUUACGGCAGAACGUAGUAGGGCGGAACCCGUGGAUGCACAAGGGUUUAUGGAUACAUAUGAAGUCCAGUUUGUCUUAGACGAAUUCGUUAGUUACGACAAAGAUAGUGAUGGUUUCCUUACGCAUGAAGAGCUAUCCACUUGGUUGGAACUCGCAAGACGUGAUAUGUAUGCUGAGCCAAAAAGCGGACAUCCUCAACAUAACGAUGGAAGUGAAACGAACUUUGCGAAAUUAUUGAAAAUGAUGAUUCCUUACUAUGUACAUAAUCACGAUGAAUCAUUUUUUUAUUAAUUAUAAUUUAUAAAGUACCGCUCC